AGUAACCUCAAAUGUGCCUGUAAAUAUAAAAUUUUAAUAGUUAUAUUUAGCUCAACCCUCACAACAUGAGCCGAAAUUACCAAGAAGACCAGAAUAAUGAGAUUGAAGCGCUCGAUUCAAUUUACUGCGGAGAUAUGGAAGUCGUUGAAACCGAACCACACAAAUUUAAAAUUCCCAUAGCGACUGAGGAAUACAACGUCGAGGAGGGCGACAAUGGGUUGGCAUGCAAACUUCUGUUCACUUUUACACCUACAUAUCCAGAUGAAGCACCUCUUGUGGAAAUCGAGGAUACUGUGAAUUUUGAAGAGAAUUUUGUGGCAGGGCUUUUGGAGCAUCUGUGUGAAACAAUUGAGGAAAACAUUGGAAUAGAAAUGAUAUUUUCGUUAGUAAGCAGUGCCCAAGAAUGGCUAAACGUCCGUUGGGAUGAUCAUAAAAAGAACGCCGAAGAAGAGCGCGUCCGCAAGGUCCUCGAAACAGAGGAAGAAGAGCGAAAGAAAUUUGAAGGUACACGUGUUACUGUUGAGACAUUCAUGAAGUGGAAGUUGGAAUUCGAGGAAAGCAUGGGUAUUUCAGCAAAACGAGAAAAGAACAACGAUUCCAAAAAGCUAACAGGCCGAGAAUUAUUCAUGUGUGACAACACUUUGAACGAUUCUGACAUCAAAUUUCUGCUGGAGGCUGGUGACUCAAUUGAAAAUGUUAAAAUUGAUGAAAAGCUGUUUCAGGACAUUGGCGACUUGGAUUUGGAUGAUGACGACGAUGAUGAUGAAGACUGGGUUCCCGGUGCCGAUUAGGGUCGUGCUGUGCUUAAAAUUGUUAUUCACUUUCAUAAAAGUAUCUUCAUAAAAAUUACAACAACAAAAACGAAAAACUAAAACUGA